AUGGACUUAGUUCGCAACAAAUUUACGGAGAACAUCAAGAGAUGUUUCGAUGGACAUGGGUUUUCGGGUGGCGGUCAUCUUGGUAGUGUUAAGGAGUGUACCAAAAAUACGUUCAGCAUCGACGACGACUACUGUGGUGAGACUGACUCCAACCAGCCCAUCGCUGGCACCAGCCCCAUAGUGAGCCAACCAGUGCUGACAUUCCCUGCAGCUUCGCCACGUCUGAGCUCUAUCACCGUGGCCACAACUCACGACUACACGGUAGCUUACCUGGGCACCAAGGAUGGACAUCUGAUAAAGGUAUCAGUGGAGUCGAAUUCUUCCACCAACAUCUAUGAGACCGUAGCUGUUGCAGGAGGCCUGCCCAUUCUGGCGGGCAUGAGUUUUGAUGACGACAGAAAACACCUUUACUUGCUGACCGAAAAGAAGGUGGUCAAAGUGAAGGUCCAGAACUGUGCUCAGUACCUGACCUGCUCAGAAUGUCUGGGAGCCAGGGAUCCAUACUGUGGCUGGUGCUCUCUGGAAAACAAGUGCAGCCAGCGCUCAGAAUGCCAGGGUAGUGACAUGUCCAAAAGAUGGCUGCCAUAUGACAGUCAAGAAUGUCCAAGAAUUAAAAAGAUUAUACCUGACCAGAUACAGAAAGAUAAGGAGAGGCUGCUAACUCUGGAUAUCCAGCAUUUGCCAGAUUUUCAGAUUGCGGCCACGUACCAGUGUGUCUUCACCUCUGUUGGCACACCCUACAUCUCAAAUCUGACCACUAUGGCAAACCGUACAAGUAACAACUUACAGUGCUACACACCAGCAACAGCUCUCCUGCCUCCAUUUGAGAAAGGAACAGAUUCUGUGGUCAUGAAGCUAAUCGUUCUGAUGAACAAUAAAGAACUGGUCCAUGAGACAGUCACCUUCUUUGACUGCGGCAUUCAUACAUUAUGUACAGCAUGUACACUGAGCCAGUUUUCCUGUACUUGGUGUGUGGACAACCAUCUUUGUACAGAAAACACAGACCAGUAUUGUAACACAGAUGUUCUUAUUACUGGCAUCAAUAAGAGUGGAACAUCAACUACUCCAGGGCCUAAAUACUGCCCAAAGAUGGAAUCUGUUCUCCCUUCAAGUGAAAUUCUGGUCGCUGCUGGAUCCAAAAAAAGCAUCGAAGUCAGAGGUCUGUCUUUGCAGGAUUAUCAGCUGAAGAAUUUGCGGUGUCAGUUCAAUUCUUUAAUAGAAGUAGAAGCCAAGGUCACACUGCUUCAAGACAGUGACUACCUGAUAACAUGCAAGGAAUAUGAGUUUGAUUACAUUAGAGAGGCAGACGUUCAGCACAUUCCCUUGAGAAUUCUCUGGGGUGACAGAGAAAAUUAUCUUGACAAUCCAAAUGGAAUUUUAGUGGUGGUGUUCAAGUGCAGGAAUAUGGCACAUACGUGUGGCGAGUGUCUGACCACUGAUCCCAAGUUUAACUGUGGCUGGUGCGGCAAUGCCAACUGUGUGGCUGACAUCUUCUGCCAGAGAACUGGUUUCUUGCGGACUGGAGCUGUGUGUCCCAACCCUCAGAUUUACAGUUUCUUACCAAAGUAUGGUCCUCUACAUGGGGGUACUCUAGUGACCAUUCAUGGCAAAAACCUGGGUUCCAACAUUGAAGAGUUACAAGUUAGCAUUGAUUCUGUCAAGUGCAAUGUCACAGAGCUAAAAGCCCAUGAGAG